CUUUUUAUUAUUUGUUACAAACAAGUAAAAUAAAAUCAUUUGUAAUGGACGCUUCUUUCAUUUACAGUUCCUUGUUACAAACUUCUUGAACACAUAAGUAUUGGUUUUUCUUAAAGAGAUAAAGGUAUAAAUAGACUCUUUCCACUUCCCCUAUUUUUAAUCUUCUGUGUUGACAAUGUUACCACAGAUUAUAUCAAAAUGUUCACACCAAAAUGCCAAGGUCAGUGGUCAGCUGUGAUCAACAGUCUUCUCAAGCAUUUGGCUUUUUGGUUUACAUGUUUUGUUGCUGAGAACAUUGCAGGAGGGCUGGAAAGUUUUGUGGUGAGCUGUUCUUUCAUGGUUUGUUGUGGGCUUUACUGUAUUUUUACAAAGCAACAAACACUAGAAGAUGUUAAAUGUAGGUAUGCUAAGACAAACCGCAGUGCAACACACAGACAGGUGAGAGAUAAUAAGAUACAUUUUUUUUUCGGUUGUGUCAAUCAGGAAAUAGUUUGUUCUCGGCUGAUGUAAAAUCAGCCUAGAUGGCUUGUUAUUGUGGUAGCUGAUAUAUAGUGGCAGCCUUGUGAUGCUAAGACUCAGGGUGCAAAGAGAAGGGAGUCAAAAUGCAGGAGUCCCUCAUGGGAGGCCAGUGCUGCUACCUAAGUACUGCUGCCCAUUUUGCUUUCUGUGUCAGAAAUACUCAAAAUUGAGUUUGUCUGUGCGAGCUGGACUAACCUUCCAUCACUACUCCUACCCCACCCUCCUUUGCACCCUCCAUCGUAUCCUGGUGCAACUUAAAAUCCCUUCUAUCUACUUUCCUCUCCUCUGCUGUGCUAACCUCCCUCAAAUCUACUGCAAAAUACUCUGAUUUGAAAACAAAUGACACCACCAGUGUCACUCUUCUAGUCCUGUUUCCCUCUAUUGACUCUCUCUGUUCUCUAACUUCCAGAGAAGCACACCCCACCUUCACCCCAUGGUUGUGAGAUACACUCUGUACCAACAGUAGUCUAAAUGUUCUAGACAUGGCAGUUCAUAAGGAGCUCAUUGCAUUCUUUAAUUCUGCCAUUUCCUCAACAAAAACUACUCUCAUCCAGAAAAACAUGCAGUCUACAACCAACAAUCCCAAUGUACUUUUCACCAUUUUUCUUCCCUCAUAUGCCCUCCUCCUCGUCCUCCCUCCUACAACCUCAUCGCUGACUGUUUUGCCUUAUUCUUUAGACAAAGUUGAUUCCAUCACCAAUAUGCCAAUUUUCCCAACAAAGCCUUACUCUCUUCUUUUCAACCCUCCUCUGAAGGCAAAAUCUUAAACAUCCUGUUCUUACAUAGAGCCACCACCUCAUCCUUUGACCCCCUCUCUUGAAAGCCAUUUCACCAUAACUUGUUUAGUUUAUCUCCCUUUGUAUUAAUUCCAGGCCCUCUUCUGGUUGCUCCCCACUUGCGUUCAAAACUGACCAUAUUUCACCCACUAUUAAAGAAACUCUGAACCCAAAUUCAGUCCUGAAUUACAGGCCAGUUUCUCAUCUACCUAGAAUGAACAACCUGUAACCAGUUGGUAGUAUUCCUUGCCCUGAAGCAAAUUCUAAAUGCAGUAUUAUUAUUAAUACAUUCUAAAAUGUAUUUAUAUUAUAAAAUUGUAUUCAUAUACUUUUGAAUAGACAUUUCCUUGUAAGUGCAGUAAGAAAACAUAAUAGCUCAGUUACCAUUUGUAUAAUUUUGUGGGAAGGGAGGUUCUUUCAGCAUGAUUACUUAAAUUAAGAUAAGGUUUAAUAUGAUGUAUUUGCUUCACGAAAGAAAACUAUGUAACUGUGUAAAGUAAAAAGCAAUAAACUAUGUUAGAGCAAAGAUUAAGAUUGCCCUAUUAAAAUGCAUCCCAUCAGUAGGGAGGUGAGCGAGGCCCCAACAGGGAAAUUUGUUUUUACUCCAGUUUAAACAUUGCUCCUGAAACACUGGUACUCAUUCAACUUCCUAUGCAGACUGAGACCCAGUUCUCUCACCACCAGAAGGCUACACUGCAGGAAAGAUGAAGCCCAUUCUGUUUUGUGGGAUCUUCUUUAUCUGUUGCUCCCUCGAUCAAUUCAGUAAUGCCAGAGUGAUUCCAGAAGGCGUUCCAUAUGAUGAGCCACCUGUGGUGCCCUAUUGGCCCUACUCAACCUCUGACUUUUGGAGAUACGUGGAGUAUUUCCGCACCAUCGGGGCCUACAACCACAUCAAUGAGAUGGCCAGGGCUUUUUUUGCCCACCAGCAUCUUGGAGACCAUCUUGGCUAUGAGGUUCAUGGGGGCCAUGAACAUUAGAGCAAAUGGAAUCUAUAUGAAACUGAGUAAAAUAACAAAAAAUAUUAUUUGGAUAAUCUUAAACUUUCAGUGAUUAAUCAAAGUGCUUGGAGCUAGAAUAAUAUCAAUAAUGUAAUCGCAUUUGUAAGCUCUUACAAAAGUAGUACUAUCCUUACUUGUAUGCUAUGGUACACGGUUGUGCAGUUUAAAUAAAAGUUUGAAAGUAA